AUGAUCCCUGUCAAGGUAAAGUACUUUGAGGAGGGUCCGUCGUGGGCGGAGAAGCGCUCCGCUGCGCCAUCGACGGCGGCAGUGGUGGCAGGAGCGACAGCGACGACAGGAGCGGCGACGUCGGCGUCCGCGGCGCGGUCCUUCUCCGUGAGCAGCAUUGACCUCAGCGGGGGGCUCUCCUCGCUGGGAGAGAUGGAGAGCUUCAGCAACGCCCUGGCCGCCGCGUCGCCGUCGUUUGUUUUUGUCCACAAUGCCACGCUGGUGGCGCGGCAGCAGAUGAUGCAGUCGUCUUACGUGCGCAAGAUGUACGGCAUCACCGAUCUUGUGCGCUACGAGCCGCGGGAGGGGGCUGAGAGAGGCAGUCUCGCGCUCGUGCGCAUCGGCGUGUGCUGCGAGAGCGUCGAUAACGCCGUCAAGCUGCUCGACAACAGCCACGGCGGUGGCGGGUUUGCCCGCUUCUUCAUGACGCUGCAUGUACGCUCCUUCGCCGGCGCCUCGAUGACACUCGCCGCCCUGUACAUCGACCCCACCGCCAUGCUCUGGCAACGCGUGGCGGUUUGCACGAGCCUUUUCCCGCAGCUUGCCAGCGCGGAGCUCCUCCUGCUCGUCUCCAACUUGUUUUCCUCGCCGACGGGCGUGCUGGCGGCGAUGAGUGCGGAACUGCGCGCCGUGUGCGCGGCGCAGGGCUUCGUCGACGCCGCGGAGGAGGCGGGGGAGAGGGCCGGCGGGGGCCCGCAGGAGUGUUCCGUCUGGGUCAAGUCGUCGAGGUUCGCCGUGGCGCACCUCACGCACGAGGCGGCGAAGGCGACGCCGGCCAUCACCACCGUCACGUUGUCGUCCCGCGGUGCGACGACGAUUGCCAUUCCGCAGCCCCGCAGCGCGAAGAGCGGGAACCCGCGUGGCUCUCCGGCGUCGACGGCGAGUCCGGCCAUCAUGACGGACCCCGCCAUUUUGAGCGCCGAGGCGGCGGGAAAAGGGGUCACGACGGCGGCAAAGAGCGGGGGGAACGUCUUUAUUGAACGGCUUUUGCAACAGCAACAACUGCAGCAACAGUUGCAUCAGCAGCAGCAGCAGCAGCAGCAGCAGCAGCAGCCGGCGCCACGCUGGCGGACGUCGCACUCGUACACGUUGAAGAACAAUGAGAAGUUAAGCAGUCAUGAAUUGGCGUUUGAUGUUUCGGCGCACUUCUCUUCUGUGUCUGAGGCGGUGGAGGCGUUGAACAGCAGGGCGAUUUACUGGCCCGCGGACUACUGCGUGGUGCACAACGUUAUCCUUGCAAGCGACAACGUUGGUCAGGGGGACAAGCGUGCAAUGCUCCGCCGCUAUGCCCGCGAGUACAAGAACAGCGCGGCCCUGCUCUCGCAUAUGUUUUUACCGGGUGUUAACGUAACGCCCUCCACCACCGCCAACGCCACCGGCAGCCUUGUCCACGGCGCCGCACAAGAGGUGGCCACAGAAAAGGCGCCGUGGUUGAAGCGCGUGGUCGCCAUGUCAAGCCACGCAACCGGCGAUAACAACGGCGGGGAGCUUCCCUCGUUCCUCCCCGCCGCACGGGCACUGAAGCGGGAGGAGGAGCUGCGGAGCCGCAGCUGGGACCCCUCGUGGUGCACCGUCGUCUAUCAGGUGACGCCGCGCGAGAUGAAGUUCAACAUUACCUCCGCCGUUGGGCUCGGCAAAGACAACCUGCAAGAGGCCAUUCAGUGGCUCAACCUGUGCUCACAGCCGAAGGCAAAGCUCAUCCAUGGAAAGGAGAACCCGCUGCGGAACUACGCGUACGACUACGCCCUUUUGUUCUCCCCGGAGCUCCAGGGCUACUACCUUAUCGCGGCCACCCAUGUGCCAUGCGACAUUGUGGCUUGCCGUGCGGCCGCAUGA